AUGACUAAUAUUGGUCAUAUGGGGUUGAUGCCUGAAUUUAUAUCCGGUGUCGAUGGUUUUGUGGACUAUGCAAUGACACUUGAACCUUUUCAACUUGAUGGCUUGGUUAAGUGUCCUUGUAGUAAAUGUAAAUCUAGGAAUUAUGAAAAAUCUGAUAUUGUUAAGCUUCAUCUCUAUCGAAAUGGGUUUAAAGAAGAUUAUACAGUAUGGACUAGUCAUGGAGAAAUUGAUUAUAGUUUUGCCAGAUCUCAACACUUUGUUGUUGGUGGAAAUUAUGGGGUGGUGGAACUUGAUUUGGAAGCUUUUAGUUGGCCUCUGUACGAGGGGAGUACACACUCUCAAUUGUCUAUUGCUGUUAGGUUAUUAAGUAUCAAAUCAGAUUGGAAUGUUCCUCAAGGGGCAAUAGACGCUGUGAUUGACCUUAUACAUGAAUUAGUUGACCCGAAUCUAGAGAUACCUGAUAAUUUCUACAACGUAAAGAGGUUGGUAUCAAAGUUAAGAUUGUCGUUGAUGAGAAUCAGUUGUUGUGAAAAUGGCUGCAUGUUAUACUACAAGGAUGACAUUGAUCUAGAAUCUUGUAAGUUUUGUCAAAUAGCUCAUUUUAAAAAAGUUCCUAGCGGGAAGAAAGUUUCUGUAAAGGCAAUGCAUUACUUACCUCUUAUACCAAGGCUAAAGAGGUUAUAUGCAUCAAAUAGGUCAGCUCCUUACAUGAGAUGGCAUCAUGAAAAUAGAAGACCGCCUGGUGUUAUGUGUCAUCCAUCUGAUGGAGAGGCCCGGAAGCAUUUUGAUAGAAAAUAUCCAGAGUUUACAGCCGAACCACGGAACAUUAGGUUGGGUUUAUGCUUGGAUGGAUUCACUCCAUACUCUAUUUUUGUUGCACCAUAUUCUUGUUGGCCUGUAUAUUUGACACCAUGUAAUCUGUCACCUGAGAUGUGCAUGACCAGUCCUUAUAUAUUUUUCAAUUGUAUUAUUCCUAGCCCGUAUAAUCCAAAAAUCAUUAUUGAUGUAUACUUGCAACCUUUGAUUGAUGAGUUGAAUCAAUUGUGGAUUGAAGGGGUUGAAACAUUCGAUGCAUCGCUUAAGCAAAAUUUUAACUUAUGGGCUGUCUUAAUAUGGACUAUUAGUGAUUUUCCUUCUUACAGAAUGUUGUCCGGGUGGAUGACAACUGGCAAGUUAGCCUGUCCUUACUGUAUGGAAAAUACCAAAUCAUUCACUUUGAAACAUAGCCGGAAAAAUUAUUGGUUUGAUUGUCACCAUUGGUUUUUGGCCAUGGAUCAUGAGUUUAGGAAUAUGUAA